AUGACGGCAAUAACGACGACGGCAGACGGCAAUUACGGCGACGGCAGUGAUGACGACGACGGCAAUUACGACGACAGCAAUGACGGUAACGGCAAUGACGACGACGUCAAUGACGGCAACGGUAAUGACGACGUCAAUGACAGCAACGGCAAUGACGACGACGUCAAUGACGGCAACGGCAAUGACGACGACGUCAAUGACGGCAACGGUAAUGACGACGACAGCAAUGACGACGACGGCAAUGACGUCGACGUCAAUGACGGCAACGGCAAUGACGACGACGUCAACGACGGCAACGGCAAUGAAGACGACGGCAAUGACGGCAACGGCAAGAACGACGACGUCAAUGACGGCAACGGCAAUGACGACGACGGCAAUGACAGCAACGGCAAUGACGACGUCAAUGACGGCAACGGCAAUGACGACGACGUCAAUGACGGCAACGGUAAUGACGACGUCAAUGACGGCAACGGCAAUGACGACGACGUCAAUGACGGCAACGGCAAUGACGACGACGUCAAUGACGGCAACGGCAAUGACGACGACAUCAAUGACGGCAACGGUAAUAACGACGACAGCAAUGACGGCAACGGCAAUGACGAUGAUAGCAAUGACGGCAACGGCAAUGACGACAACGUCAAUGACGGCAACGGCAAUGACGACGACGUCAAUGACGGCAACGGCAAUGACGACGACGGCAAUGACGGCAACGGCAAUGACGACGAUGGCAAUGACGGCAACGGCAAUGACGACGACGGCAAUGACGGCAACGGCAAUGACGACGACAGCAAUGACGGCAACGGCAAUGACGACAACGUCAAUGGCAAUGACGACGACGUCAAUGACGGCAACGGCAAUGACGACGACGUCAAUGACGGCAACGGCAAUGACGACGACAUCAAUGACGGCAACGGUAAUAACGACGACAGCAAUGACGGCACCGGCAAUGACGAUGACAGCAAUGACGGCAACGGCAAUGACGACAACGUCAAUGACGGCAACGGCAAUGACGACGACGUCAAUGACGGCAACGGCAAUGACGACGACGGCAAUGACGGCAACGGCAAUGACGACGAUGGCAAUGACGGCAACGGCAAUGACGACGACGGCAAUGACGGCAACGGCAAUGACGACGACAGCAAUGACGGCAACGGCAAUGACGACAACGUCAAUGACGGCAAUGGCAAUGACGACGACGUCAAUGACGGCAACGGCAAUGACGACGACAUCAAUGACGGCAACGGUAAUGACGACGACAGCAAUGACGGCAACGGCAAUGACGAUGACAGCAAUGACGGCAACGGCAAUGACGACAACGUCAAUGACGGCAACGGCAAUGACGACGACGUCAAUGACAUCUACGGCAAUGACGACGACGGCAAUGACGGCAACGGCAAUGACGACGACGGCAAUGACGGCAACGGCAAUGACGACGACGGCAAUGACGGCAACGGCAAUGACGACGAUGGCAAUGACGGCAACGCCAAUGACGACGACAGCAAUGACGGCAACGGCAAUGACGACAACGUCAAUGACGGCAAUGGCAAUGACGACGACGUCAAUGACGGCAACGGCAAUGACGACGACGGCUAUGACGGCAUCGACGAUCAGGAAAUCUUACGAGGAUUAAUACCAUAG